CCCAAGAGAAAGUAGCAGAAUUCCGAUGCUCCAGUUGCGUGUUCUAUUCCAUUCCACGACCCAUUUACUCCAGUUAUCACCAUUCAUUACAUGGUUUUUAUUUUCUCGUGGGUAAUGUUAUCGUAUCAGCUAACAGUAACCAUUUCACAUGGGCUUCUCGUUCUUCGGGCCUUUAGAACCUAAACGUUUUUGUCCAUUAAAGAGAGUCGGUCUGAAUAGUCUGAUCGAUAAACCCUAGAGAGAAGAAAACCCAAACCCUGAACUGAAAAUGGCUGGAAAUGCUCCUCAAGGAAGUUCUUCUGAACCAGAAUCAGGAGUUACUUCUCAGGCAGGUCAAGAAAAGAAGCCCAACAUUAAUAAUAAUACUGAGUUUGUCAAUCUCCAGAUUUAUUAUGAGCAAGAUGGAAGUGAAACCAAAUUCAGGGUUAGAAGAAAUACCAAGCUACAGAAACUUCUGGUUCAAUUCUGUACACAUCGUUCCCUGGAUAUGAAAGCCCUGGCAUUCUUGUUUGAAGGAACAGAACUUAAACUGGAGCGAACUCCGCAGGAGCUUCAAAUGGAAGAUGGUGAUGUGAUUGAUGUCAUGAUCCACGCCUCUGGGGGUUCAAGGAUGGUGUAAACUCAAGUUCAAAGCCUUUGUACAAGUAUAGAGUGGAAGGUUUUAGUUGAAGUAUGGAAAACUUUAGGUGGAUGUUGUGAUAUAGUUUAUAUUUGACAUCUUCAUUGAAAAUCCCUUUGGGUUUUUGAUGUGUAUCAACUUAUUCAGUUCUCAUCUCAUGAAUUUGUUUAUGUAGUAAUGUUGGUACAUGAUGCUGAUCGUUUCUCCUGGAUUUGAGAUCUAGGCCAUUAAUUUAGAAAUAGAACUGCUAAUUUCCUUGUGUCUUAAUAGUUAAGGCCUAGGUUUUAUGAAUUAUGUAUCAGGAAUGGUUUCUUAUUUUAGUUGGCUAAGAAA